GCCUUCCGCAAUGCCAACGCUGGGUUAGCACACACAGUGCGUCGCCUCCUGUAGCAACGAGAUAACGUCAGUCAUCUGGGCGCGUGCGAUGCCAACUCAAUAAUGCUCCAUGACAACUACAUGCACUCCAUCACCUGACAGCCGCUCCCUAUUCAUUCCUCUCGACUCUCCCAUCGCCAUCACCCGAACGCUCCUUUAUCAUCACUGGCAACUCCUCUGCGACCCGAACUCGCCCUCUAGAUGAAAUAACCCAUCUCUGAUUUCUCCCUACCGUAUCUGCUCAUGGUAUCGCCCAGUUCCAGGUGCGGUCCUGCCGGCAGGGUCACCGCCGCCCUGCUGCUGGCAUCGGCACUCGCCAUCUCGCCAGGCUCGGCCAAUAUAAUCGGCGGUGAUGUUGGUCUCGAUCAGCAGGUCCUGAUGCCUGUUGGCCCAGGCCCUCUACUCCCUUCGCAACCCAACACGGUUCAUCCCGGUGAACAUACCUUCACUCUUCGACACAUCUACCACCACGGCACCAACAGAAACCCGAGGCUUCACAGAAAGCUAGACGUCGUCCAUGACCAGUCCCGAGUCUUCCUCGCCGCCGACGAUGGAUACGCUGAGCACACGGUGCCGAAGCUCACAGCCAAGAGCCGUGGCGAGACGAUCGAACGGCUGGUCGACAGGCGGCCCUCCGUUGUCGACCCCAUUGUCGCCGAAUCUCGAAAACAAGGCUAUGCAGCCGUCUUAGAUGCCUCCGCAUGGACUAUGGACCAAGUCUCCUCGCCCGACAUCACCGAUAAAAACACCGUUCUUACCAUGGCGUACGUUGCCGCUGACGCGUAUGUGGAAAACGAUGGGCAGGCUGAUUGGCAAGACAUUGGCGCCCCUUUCAACCGAAGUCUAGACUUUGGCUGGGGGACGGACGGUCUUCGUGGUCAUAUUUGGGCCGAUGAGAAUAAUUCCACCGUCAUCAUCGGCCUCAAAGGGACAUCACCUGCCGUCUUUGACGGAGAGGGCACAACGACCAACGACAAGGUUAAUGACAACUUGUUCUUCAGUUGUUGCUGCGCUCAACAGGGUCAAUGGACGUGGCACCAGGUAUGCGACUGCGCUACCGGCACAUAUGCCUGCAACAACACAUGCGUGAGGACAGCUCUUCAGGAGGAGAACCGUUACUACGCCGCGGCUCGCGAGCUCUACUCCAACGUGACGGAACAGUAUCCCGACUCCAACAUUUGGGUGGCAGGCCAUUCUCUUGGAGGUGCUGUCUCUUCUUUCCUAGCCCUGACUUAUGGCCUACCCGCCGUAACCUUUGAGGCCGUACCAGAAGCACUUCCGGCUUCUCGACUGGGCCUCCCGAUUCCUCCUGGAGCCAACCCCGACACACCACAGACACGAGCCUACACAGGGACGUAUCACUUUGGCCACACCGCAGACCCAGUAUACAUCGGUACAUGCAAUGGAGCAACUGCUACGUGCUCGUUUGCUGGCUAUGCCAUGGAAUCUACCUGCCACACUGGCUAUGAGUGUGUCUAUGAUGUUGUGGCGGACAAGGGGUGGCGAGUUGGUAUUGGCACGCACAAGAUUCGGGCUGUCAUCUCCGAUGUCAUUCUCAAAUACGACACGGUUCCCAAAUGUGUCCGUACUCCUGAUUGUCGAGACUGUGGCCCCUGGAAAAUGUACGAGAGCAACGGCACUGAGACAACCACGUCUGCAGUUCCCACCACAACCUCUCGAACACGGACACGUACAUCGACGUGUCAGACUCCCGGCUGGUGGGGAUGCUUGGACGAGACAACCACGGGUGGCACACACGUGCCUGAACCUACGACCACUACCACUACUACUUCCACCUGCAAGACCCCUGGCUGGUUUGGAUGCAAAGACAAGACGACGACACCGGCAAGCACUUCUCAGUCUACCGUAACAACGACUUGUGAAACCCCCGGACGAUUCUGGGGCUGCAACGAUGACGCUACUCAGACAAGCUCUCAGUUUGCAACAAUCCCCGCAACUACGACCUGCGCAACCCCUGGCAGGUUCUGGGGCUGUAAUGAUGCGGUGACAUCUACGACCACACAAGCUGCCGCUGGGAGCACCGCUCCAACCAUCACAACGGCCCCCACCGAGGUUCCAGCAUGACGACAAAGAAUGCGAGUGACUGGAGGAGAGAUGGAUGUACCUUUUCUGAUUUAAUAUCACGGCGUUGGGCAACUUGUUUAUUUAAUAGACCACUGCUGGGGUUAGUUGGGAAGAUCUCGUGUUUGAAGCGGGCAAGAAUUCUGUAGCGUUUACGAUAAAUGAGUAGGUGGCAAACAGUACCUACCUCGACCUGGAUAGUAUCUAGGCAUAUACACAAUGACAACUGAGGUUUAUUUUUCAAUCUGAUAAUUUGCUGCUUCUUGUGUUAUGAGGUAGUGUUGAUAAUACCUGUGAUAAUUGCAUGCAUUUGAU